AUGCCACGACUACUCUCUUCUGCCAUGGCGCUACGGCGCGAUCCACGGAUGCUUAAGCUACCUCCGUAUCUCUCUCUCGUCUGCAUCAUUGUGGGUUUUGCCUGGCUCCUCUUACUCCCACUCGAGAACUACUCUAGGCGAACCUAUAUAUCCGAGAAUGCCUUGCUACCCGGACAAGUGCAUACAUAUUUCGGAGGGAGUGAGCAAAACAUCUUUCGAGCUUACAGACGCGAGGUGGAUUCACUGGAGAGUAAAAGCAAUCACCAGAUUAAUGACCGAUUGGAGAUAUUUUUGAAAGAGGUCGGCGUCAAAGUCGGGCGACAAAACUAUACCUAUCAUUAUGCAGGAAACGAGCAUACUGGUGAAAACAUCUACGGCAUUCUUCAAGCACCCCGUGGCGAUGCUACGGAAGCGAUUGUUCUAGUGGCAGCAUGGAAGACGGUCAAAGAAGAGAUGAACCGCAAUGGGGUUACUCUCGCGCUCACUCUCGCGCGCUAUUUCAAGAGAUGGUCUCUCUGGUCCAAGGACAUUAUUAUCUUUAUUCCUCCCGACAGCAGAACCGGGACACAAGCAUGGGUCGACGCCUAUCACGACGCACACGAUUCAAGAUAUAUUGCCCCGCUGCCACUGAAAUCCGGCGCACUUCAAGGUGCUCUAGCUCUCGAUUACGCGGUUGAUCACAGAUUCGAAGCACUGCAUAUUCUUUACGACGGAGCAAACGGCCAGUUGCCAAAUCUAGAUCUAAUUAACUCGAUGGUCAAUAUUGCCGGCGGUCAAAUGGGCGUUCACACGGCCAUUCAAGGCAUAGAGAACCACUCCAAUAGCUACCAAGACAGGUUGCGUACGAUCUUACGAGGUAUGAUGAGGCAAAGCCUCGGACUUGCAACAGGCCCUCAUAGCAGCUUCAUCCCAUACCAUGUCGAUGCAAUCACUUUACAGCCAUACGGAGAAGGUUGGCAUGAUGAGAUGGCGCUGGGGCGAAUUGUUGAGGGCACCUUCCGAAGUCUAAAUAACUUGUUGGAGCAUCUCCAUCAAAGCUUUUUCUUUUAUCUUCUCAUGCACAGAGAUCAUUUCGUCAGCAUUGGUACAUACCUCCCAAGCGCCAUGCUUUUAGCUGCCAACUUCAGCAUCAUGGCUAUUUUCUUAUGGGUUAAGAGUGGCCAGGCGUCCCAAACUAAACUGCAGACUUCGGGGAAUGCUAAAGUACAGAGUGUGAAGGAAACUACUUUGGCUGCAUCAUCCACACUCGAAAGAGAUCUCUUCUUGCCCAUUUCUGUUGUUACCAUAUGCCAGGCGCUUUCGGUCAUACCGCUGUUCGCGUUCAACAACAUACCUGCUUCGAUCUUGUCUCCAACUUUCGGAAUAUUCACAGUGGUAUCAGUCCUGCUGCCCUGGCUAAUUUCGCACCUGCUCGCACUUAACAAAGCGACAGUCCAACAAUUCCAGCUCAUCAAAUCAUUUUCUCUUCUGUUUCUGGGCAUGUCACUCGCAACUUUGGCAACACUCAACUUUUCACUUGCAUUUCUAGUCGGGAUGCUCGCCACGCCCUUUACUUUCGUGCGAACCUCGAGCAACCUCACUGUCAGGCUAGGGCUCGCCGGCUUAUUGACCACUAUUGCACCACCCGUCUUAGUCUACGUAUCAUCCCAGGUACUUGAAAUACCGGUUCUUGAUAUUUUGAAGGAGUCAAGCUUUGGUUGGAAUGUUUGGGGCAUGUAUACAUCCAUAGUUGUGUGGUGUGUCUGGUGGCCCUCUUGGCUGCUUGGUAUGGUUAAUGUAGUUGGUUCCCCAAUAGCUUGA